CUUCAUCCCCGUCGUGUCAGCACCGGAAAUCGCCUCGGUUUCGGUUCAGUCUUGUUGAAAUCUCAGCGGAAUGGAUGAAGCAGAGAAGCAAAACGAUCUGGAUGUCAGAAGGCUGAGUCUCAUCGACUUCUCUUGCGAGGAUGAUUGUCUCUUCACUUCGCCUAUAAUUCAUCCUAUGAACCCUAAAUCCUCAGAGAAGGGGGAUGAACGGAAAAGUGUCUGGUUAUCAGAGGAUUCCUUUUGUAACAAUGUUGAAAGAUCAGCAGACUUCCUUGAGAAGGUGGGAGAUGCUAGGGAACCAUUGGAGUCUUCGGAACCAGGAAAGGGAAGGAAAAGUGAAAAAUAUAAUUUGCGAAAAAGUUUAGCCUGGGAUAGUGCUUUCUUUACAAGUGAUGGUGUUUUGGAUUCAGAGGAGUUGUCUAGCAUGAUUGGUAGUGGCACUAAGAAAUGUGAAAAACAUAGAUUACCUGGAAUUCAAGAGGACGAAAACGGAUCUUGUGAUUCAUUGAUGCCAUUAGAGAGUGAUGCUUUGACAUUAGAAAGUCUUGAAGCUGAUUUGUUUGGAGAUAUAAGGGCAUCAAUACAGAAAUCUAGUAAAGCAUCUGAUAAUGCAAAUUCAAGCAUUAAAAUGGAAUCCAGAGCUGCUGAAACUGAAACCAUUUCAUCUUCAAAGAAGGCAGGCCCUGCUUCUCAGAAUAAGAUGAAGCUGAAAACUGCUCCAACGAAGCAUAGUGUUGGCAUGCAAGUAUCUGGCAAAUCAUUGAAGCAGAAUGUUGCAAGAACCAGAGAAUCACCUUCAUCUCUUCUCAAGCUGCCCAAAGUACAAAGUGGUGUCACUUCCAUCCCAAAAACAUCAAGCAAGAAGGAUUCAAUUGGGCCCAAGCAUGUCAAAAUAGAAAAGGAUGCAAGAAGUGGAAAUGUUGUACGGGCUCCAGCAUUGAAAACUCCUGCUGUUGGUGGUUCAAGAAACAUCAUUCCUAGGACUACACUGCAUUCAAGGUCUUCUUCCUACUCUUCAGUCUCAACCAAGGCAGAGCUGACAACUUCUUGUUCCUCACUUGAUAGUUGUGGCAGUGCUUCAUCUGGCAGCAUUACUAAAUCUCCUCUAAAUUCAAUGAAAAAGACAAGUAACUCAGGUACAAGCAAUAAUUCUUCAUUGGGUUCUCCUGACACAAAUCCAUCAAAAGUUGGAUCAAGAGGUAAAAUUCAGACAGGAAGUUCACAGCUCUCUGCUCUUCUGAAGUCAGCCAGUUCUCCCUCAUCUAGUGUGUCUUCUGCUAGCUCUGUAAGUGCUUCAGAUUCAUCAUUAUCACCAGUUUCUGCUGUCCAUCAAAGAUCUAGUGGUGCAAGGACUAGCAUUGGCACUGGUUCUUUCAAAGGGGUUAGCACAUCCGAAGAUGGUGCUCAGGCUAUUGCCUCACUUGGUGGACGUGUAAAGAUAGCUUCAGCUGGAACUGCUGGACUUGCUCAACCAGCUUCCAUGAAACCUUCAGGCCUCAGGAUGCCAUCACCAAAAAUUGGCUUCUUUGAUGGGGUGAGAUCAUCAGGAUGUUCUCCAAAGGCACUAUUGCAGCCUAGCAUACCCAGCAGCUUGCCUAAAUAUGGAGCAGGAACUGUUAACCCAAGUGGAAGCACUCACAGGGCAAACCCUGGAAGACCUCAAAUGGGUAGAACUCUAAACCGCAAACCAAAGCUCCAAAACUGACGUUAAGCUAACUUCUGGUGGAAACCCUAGAUCUUUGCCUCUUCAUGAAUUUCCAAAUGCUGUAAAAAAUGGUCCCUAGUUCUUCAAGAAACAUAAAAUACAGUUGCAGUUAUCCUAGUGUAUCUCCAAGUCAAAAUAAAUCAUCUCCCCGAAACAGGAGAAAGUCACUUGAAGGAUCUGGGAGUUGGAUCCAAAAGGAUGUACUGCAGCAAGAGAUGAUUUGAAUGUUGCUUCAGCUAACAAGAAUUAGGCUCUUGGUUUUCUAGAACUAGUACUGGGCCCUGAAAGUAGCAAUGCAGCUUGCUUGAAGGACACCAAGGUUGCUCCUCCUAAUGGAAGGCAUCAAGACUAUGGAACUGACAGCCACUCCUCUCUGAAGACUGAUAUAGAUUUACUUCACAAAACCAAGGAAAAGGAAGAAGCCGAUUAUGGUGCUCUUUCA